AUGAAUGCUGAUACUUGUGUUUCUUAUUGUGAUCCGGCUGCCAUGGAUUCCUACUACAACGCAGCCUCCCAGGGCACAGAAGGCUCCUCGCCUUUUAGGGCAUUUCAAGCAAGUGACAAGUUCAGCCCCACUUUCCUGGCCAGCAAAGGACAAGGCUUUGGUGACAGCAGCACUAAGUGCCGGAGUCGCUACAGCCAGCAGGAAUGUCAGUCCCUGGAUGGCAGCGUGCAGCCUCCCGGCUCUGCUGGGGCUCCAGCCUCCUUUAACAAAUACCCUCCGCAGCAGCAGCAGCCGCCGCACCUCUAUAUGCAGCGAGGCCCCUGCAAAACCCCCCCGGAGAGCAACCUCAAACUGCAAGAGAACAGCAGCCACAACGGAGCUUUGCAGGUCUCCUGUUACGGUAAGGAGAGCAAUUUGGGAGAGGCUGACUUGCAGCCGAGCUCCGACCCUUCGGGAAUGGACAGCAGCUACCUCAGCGUGAAGGAGCCUGGGGUGAAAGUUCCCCAGGACAGGGCCAGCACAGACCUCCCCAGCCCCAUGGACAAGGCUGACUCAGAGAGCAACAAGGGCAAAAAGCGGAGGAACCGCACCACCUUCACUAGUUACCAGCUGGAGGAGCUGGAGAAGGUCUUCCAGAAGACCCACUACCCAGACGUCUAUGCCAGGGAGCAGCUAGCCAUGAGGACAGACCUCACCGAGGCUCGUGUACAGGUGUGGUUUCAGAACCGACGAGCAAAGUGGCGCAAGCGAGAGCGGUUUGGCCAGAUGCAGCAGGUCCGGACCCACUUCUCCACUGCCUACGAGCUGCCCCUGCUCACCCGUGCUGAGAACUACGCCCAGAUCCAGAACCCUUCCUGGAUCGGCAACAACGGUGCCGCCUCCCCCGUGCCCGCCUGCGUCGUCCCCUGCGAGACCGUGCCCUCCUGCAUGUCCCCCCACGCGCACCCCCACGCGGCCGGCGGCGUCUCCGAGUUCCUCGGCGUCUCCAGCCCCGGCAGCCACGUGGGGCAGACUCACAUGGGCGGCCUCUUCGGCGCCGCCGGCAUGAGCCCCGGCCUGAACGGCUACGAGCUGAACAGCGAGCCGGACCGCAAGACCUCCAGCAUCGCUGCCCUGCGGAUGAAAGCGAAGGAGCACAGCGCCGCGAUCUCCUGGGCGACAUGACCCGGCUGCAGCCCAGCGCCCGCCAGCGCCGAGAAAGCACACGGGGACAGCCCAUAAACCCACCCGCUAGGACUCCCGACAGCAGUUGCCUCCUCGGGGAUCUGAACGCAGCACUUUUAGCUACCCUAGGUAUAUAAAGUACGUAUGUCAAAGUAAGUGGAGUGUUUCCAACGUAUGUGCGGCAGCUCCUGGCUUCCUGGGAUCGGAUGAGGAGAGGGAGGCUGUGGAGCAGCACCUCUUCCAGUGAGAUCCGGGUUGGGAUGCGUCCUCCCUCACCACCACCUCCCCAAGAACCUGGGCAUUUUUUCUCCUUGCUCCUUUUUCUGACACCAGAUCAGCCUUUCCAAAGAGCAAGAGCCCACUGGCAUUUCAGCAGCUUCCCCGGUACCAUCACCUCCCACAAACAACUUCCCCUCCUAGUUUGCCAACAGUGUUGCUCAGAUCUGUUCUGCCCUGGGCAGGGGACUGAAUGGGGACUCUGGCACCAGCAAAGAGACAGCUCUCAGGCUGCUCCCAUCCUCUUAGCAGGAGCAACAAGUUCCCACAAAUGUACAGGGAACAGGGCUGGGAAGAUACGUAUGGAUAGAAAGACAAAAUUAUCCCAUCUCCUACCAUGCUUCCUCUCUAUCUUGCAGUCUGAGGUGAAGCACAGAGCCACAGAAGCCUGUAAAGGGAAUGCCUCCCUUCCCAACACAGCAAGGUGCCACCGUGCUGGGAGUCUGCCAGCUCAUCUGGCUGGAGGUGCAUUCAGGCAGAUCAUAGCUUCCCAGCACAGCUGGCUGCCCCAGGGAAUGCCUGAAGUUUGCUUGCCGUGGUCGUGGUCAAUGUUGAGCCUCAUAGGCACGGUGGGGCAGCAAAAUGUGUCCUCCAACUUCCACUGGGUAGGGAAUUACUAUCCUCAAUUUAAAGACAGCUGGUCUCGGGAGGGGGGGAGCACAGUUGCUGCGUAAAUCCACAGGUCCCCAGAGAGACUGCUCUAAGGAACUGCUCAAGUGCUAGCACACAGCCAUGGUUGUGUGAGGCCCCUGAAUGCCACAUAUCCCUUGUCCUGCAGUGGCAGCCUUUCCCUGCAGCCCUUGACCAGGGCCCUGCUGCAGGCAGCCACUGCAGGUCCCUCUGCGUGGGGAAUGGUGCAAGGGAGCAGGCUGGGGAGAGACCCAAGGCUGGACAUCACUGUUAAGUAAGAUCUCCUUCACAAGACUAAAUAUUUUCCAAGUUUUUUAAUGACCUUGCAGUGCUAAGAAUAAUUUUGGAACUUCCUUUUCCCCUACUGAAUUAUCACCAGGGCGGAGAAGCUGAAGGUCAGCUGAGUGCUCAGCCACUAUGGCUGUGUGUGGCUAUGCAGGCUCAACUUGAGCUGGGGCAGCAGCCUGUGAGAGUUACAAGGGAACUGCAGGAUUUUACUCUAAUAAAAGUGUGUGUGUGUGUGUGUCACCCUGCCCUCCCUCCUUAUGCUCAUUGUUAGGGGAUCUUGUAGUUCAAGGUUCAGGAAUAUUUAGUGGUCUUGGAAAAGGCUCCAAAUAAGCUACAACCAAAUGUCAGGUUUCAGGUUAACAAGGUAUGCAAGUAUUUCUGUAGUGCCUAGACUGCCAUACACUACAAAAAUGAAACACCAUUGCUAGAUCAUAUGUAAGAUAUGUUUAUUGGAAUAAGAGAAGACCACUAGUACUGUCUCUUUCCUCAGAAUGCUAAGAGAUGCCUGCCUUGGUACUCACAGGGAACCAUCAUGCAUUUAAACACACCAUGCGGGACCAGGACCCCUCUCAUCACAAGCAGCCAGGACUUAGGUCCCAGCCUAAACAUCCAGCUGAGCCAUCAGGCAUGAUGGCUUAGGUGCUAAAGGUGAUGCUGAUCACUGAACUGGACAGGAUCGCAUUGACCAUUUGGAGGUGUAUGACACCCCCAUCAGGUGCCCAAGAAGCCAGUGGGGGUCCCAGGCCACCCACACACCAGUGGCAUGUGGUGGUUUCUCCAGAAGAUUUUGUGCAGGCAGCCGAUUGUACUGAGAGCAUUUUCCCAGGUAAUCUUGUGAAGAGCUGCUGCCUGAACAGCCAAGGAACACUAUUGACAAGGCAAAUUAGCACCAGGCAGAGCUGAGAAGUGGGUGGUAAGGCGGAUGGACACAGGUACUAUGUGGCCUGCAGGUACUGAAGGCAGGAGGACUGUAGCCAUUCAGGACCUUACCUGCAUUCCCUACUGAAGCUAAAGGGUAGCUUUUCCUCAUGGACUUCCAUGGGGCCAGGAUUUCACCUGAGCUGUUUAAUAGCCCAGAGGAUUAAAUGCUGUAUCCCUUGUCUUGUUAGAAAGAAAGGAGAGUCUCCUGGCAGCAGUCUUGGCAUUUAGAAAGGCUUGGCUCCUGCUUUCUCUCACCUUAAAAUCCACGUGCAAAGCACACAUUGGACUCAUUCAAUCUGUUUUAAAUGCCACCAUGCAUACCCAGCCCUGAGCCUGCCUGAAAGCACCAUGAGGCCAGGGGGGACGUUGCUCUGCCUUGCAGCUCUGGGUGCUGCAGCCACACCAGCACGGCCCCUCCUGCCCACACCCGCAGGUCACACUGAAGGCUCUCCCCUCUACAGCCUCCGAACGCAGCUAUUCAGGCAGUUCUUAAGUUACUUGCAUCUGUCCUCACAUUUUUAAAUUAAUUUAAAAGUUUCUUUAAACUAGCUGUUAAAUUAACAAGAAAA